AUGGACAAGAACACGUACGAGACGUAUGAAUAUCUUUCUGCAAAUUCAGAAAGCGAUACGGACCAAUUCUUUGUGGUUCAGGAUGAUGGAACAUUUUUAAUUAACAGACAAGUUCAAUAUGUAGCACAAGUGCAGGAUGUGAAGGAAGCUCUGGACACGGCUCAGCCCUGUACUGUGUAUGAUGUGUCAUCUCAACAGUUUUUUGUCGACGUUGAUAAUUCUGCCGAAAUGAUUUCUGUCCCUGAUAAUUUCAUUCUGCCAGUGCCAGCAGCUGAGGAAUCAAGCAACCUUUACGGCAACAGUUAUUUACUGCAAGCAGUGCCCGACUCCACCACUGACCAGGUAGAAGUGGAAGAUGACCAAUACAAAGAAACAGAAACACAGGAAGAUAUAGACGUAGUCAACAUUUUGAACAAAACGUCUGUUGGAUGUACAGAGAUAACUAUAACCGAUGAACAAUACAGAAUGCUAGAGGAAAAAGGUUGGAUUCUGCUAGAAACAAAUGACAAAGUGUUUGUUCUUAACACACUCGGACUUCAUGAUAUUACUACUAAUCAUGAUCUAAUAGAACAGUAUAGAGCUGAGAACCAAACAAAUGCAGUAAUACAAGAAGAACCAUUAACAUCAAUAAAAAUGGAAAAUCUAUCGACAAUUAAAAUAGAAAAAAUGAAAAUAGAAAAUUCUACACACAAUACAAUAAAUCAACAUGACGCAGUGGAGCUAGUCAUAGAUAAUUCAGAUCUAAAUGGCAAAGAAAAUAUAGCAGAAUUACCAUUAGAAUUAAACAAUGAACAUAAUAUGUUAGACAACAAGGAACAAGCGGAAAGCAAUGUAAUGGCUGUUGAUACGAAACCAGAUCCUCAAGAAGUCCUGAAAGAGCCCACUACUCCAACAAUAGUUUCUCCAACUGUAGAUGUGCAAAGGAACAAUAUUUUAAGGAUAAAAACGAAAUAUUGCUUUAAAGAUAUUCCAAACAAAAUAGUACUAGGGAAAACUGUAAAUGGCAAUAAUUUAGUAGCAAGAGUUGUAAAACGCAGCUGUAAUAAUUAUAUUAGAAACAGUAUACCACCAGAUUCGUCGAGUAAUUCUACUACUAUUGCAAAAAAAGCUCGGAAUAUAGAAAUCGAAUCGCCCUCCAGUCGGUCAGAGUGCCAGCGCCAAAUCGAACAAACAUUACCCAGGAAUACGCAGGAGACAGAAUACGUCGCCGCCGCCAAUGAAGUGAUAAUGCAGCUGUUGCAAAUACCUGCCUUUCAACCCUCGCUUACUCGCCACAAUGUUAUCAUUACUAGGGCAAAAACUACCAAAGACGGAAGGAAUAUACCCGUAAAUCACAGUAACACAGUGACAGGCAGCGUCGAGCCGAUCGAAGGUGAAGAUGGCCGUUGGAAACUCGUUCAUAAGCCUAACUUGCUCCAGCAACUUCAUUCGGAAUUAGAACAAUAUAUGAAAGACGAAAAUGCUUCUAACGACAAAACUAAAACUUUGGAAGACUUCAGCGUACUGCACGUUCACGUUGCAGAGAAAAACGAGAACGGGACGGACUCUGUUUCUAUCACCCUGAAUAAACGACGUAAGUGGUUAUAUUACUAUAACUGUAUAAAACAACACCAUUGAUAACUUAACAUUGACUGUUUGAUACGAUGCAAAACCUAUCGUUCGAGAAGUCAAUAACAGACACACUUUGAUAAUUAUGCAGUUUUUAUCUUAUUUUCAAG